GAGCCGCCCUACCGAGAGGACCUCCAGUCGACACAGCUGGUCUCCACGUGUGGCUGCUCUGGGGACGUCGGAAAAGCGAGCAAACUGUACCGCUGCUGCAGCACAAGAAAACUGCUUGGUGGUCACUGCGGCAAGGUCCCGCCGCCAUGUCCUGCCCCGCCGAGUGGAGCGACCUGGGAUCCAUCCUGGCCUCUGCCGACGGCAAGGCCUGUCUCUACGGCUACCUCCGCGCCAUGGACUCGGGCGACCCGUCCCCCCGCCGCUUCUACAAGCACAUCGAGCUGCUGGACGAGGUGGCUCUGUUCCGGCGCGAGGCUGACGACGCCCAGCGGCGCGCAGAGAGGAUCGUGUCGCUGUACGUGACCCCGAAAACCGCCCCGGGCGGUCUGUAUGCGGCGGCCCCCACGGCCGAACAGCUGAAGCAGGCAGACAUCAGCGCCGACCAGUUCGAGCCUCUGGAGGACGCCGCCCGAGAGGCGCUGAAGCCGUUCGUGACGCAGUUUCUCAGUGAUGUGAAAAAGGGGGAGAAGACGGUGCGACAGAGGGUCAAGGAGUCGGGGUACCUCGCCUUCAGCGAACAGCUCAACGGUGGAAAGAAGAAGGCACACGUCUGCGCGCUCUGCUAGCGGACCAUGGAGGCGUGGGGGGACUACUGUGGAAGGUAUCCACUCAGUGACGUGGGGUGAUUGUGGGAGGUAUCCAGUGACGUGGGGUGAUUGUGGAAGGUCUCCAGUGACGUGGGGUGAUUGUGGAAGGUAUCCAGUGACGUUGAGUACCCGAGGAAGGUCGCCGGUAUCCACUGACGCUGGGUGAAUGUGGAAGGUGGUGCUACUGAUGUGGGACGAAUGUUAGCCUACCGAUAGUCAUUGAUAUCGGGUCAAAGUGGAAGCUGAUUUCUGAAUUCUGAUUUGAGCGAAUGUGGAGGCCGGAGGGCGGAUGGCAUCCAGUAGCCACCGACAAGGCGUGGAUAAAGGAUGCCGUUUGAACACGAUUAGGUGCGACAGACUAGGUCAGAUGGAGAGUGGCGGCCGCCUACAACCGGUUGAUUACACCUGUAGACCACAUACACCUGUUCCACGUCCAUGUGCACUGUGCAGAGAUCAAUUAGUGAACGUUCCUAUUAACUGAUACAGCUUGCGUUAGACAAGCUACUUAUUUCUAGCUCGCUUCAAGUAUUGCAAAAACAAUUCAUUUCCAACGGUGACAGCUUCGUGAAGAACCAUAAACGGAUGAGUGGUUGAGGCACUCCCGUUUUCUGUGUGACGGAAACUCUGCGAGAAGCGCAGCUUCAGUGGAGCUCUGUGAUGAAUCACACGUAUGCAUGUAUAGUCGACUACAGAAUGAUGUUCCACUCCUCAGAAGCUAUCAGUUGACCGGAGCGCUAAGUUGUGCCGUUAUCACGCAAUUAAGCGUGUCGAUUGUGAGCAUUGGGACAAAGCUAUAAUUUGUGAACUCAGCCCGUGUGAUGCGCCACAGCCUACCACUACACGCAAAUAAUUGCCUGUGAAAAGUGGAACAUCAUUCUGUAGUCGACUUUACAGACACGGCCAGGCUACGGCCAGCAGUGCCUUCGCUUCUGUGCAGAAGCUGCACUCUAUAAAGCACUGCUGAGAGAAUAUGUGUGCGCUUCUUACAGAUAACGAAGUACGAACGAACAGAUAUCGCGGUAUUCAAUUGCUUUGCCAGUUGACAUAUGUUACCAAAAAUGCUAGUGGCAGGUAUAAUUUCAUUUGGGCGUGUUGGUUUGUCAUUCAGUAUUCAUUGCCUUAUACUGCAUAGUGAUGCUUGUUGUGAGUCAUGACGUCAGCUGUCGGACAAUAUCUGUGAUCAGUGA